AGUAGAGACAAUUUCAUCGGUAGAACACAAAAAAAUUGGAGUUCCGUCACAUUUGCUUGUUGAAGUUAUGGGUGGAAAACUUUCUUUGAAAGCAAAAACAGUGCCUCCGAGCUCAAUAGAGGAAUCUUUUUCCUAUUCUUGUUCUCUUGUUUGUAACGAAACCUUAGACGCAAAUAGCGUAACACCCAAGAAAGAAUGCRCAAAAAGGAGCCGGAAGACCAAAGCUCAAUCCCACCAGCAAAUUCCACGAAAAAAACUGAAGAUAAGCAUGYUGUACGAGGAUUAUGAAACACGGAAUUCAUACAUGGCAGCCUUCUUCAAGCUUUUGGAUGAUGACACCAUUCAAGAYUUCCUCUGGAUGGAUGGUUGCGCGAAAAUCUCUGACAAAUAUCUUUUGUCCAUGGUUUACGCUUAUUUYAGAAGAGCAAAUUUACAAAGAAGAGAAUUUAAUAGACUAAACUUCUUUACAGCUCUCUAUCUUGCAAACGAUAUGGAAGAAGACGAAGAGGAUGAUAAGUACGAUAUUUUCCCGUGGGCCUUGGGAAAGAGAUGGCGCGAGCUGUAUCCAAACUUUCUUGUCAGGAGAGAUAUCUUAUGGAAAAAGAUGAACUAYAGAGCAGUUGUUAGCAAACAGACAUGCAGUGAGGUGAUGAUGAUCGUGCCAGAUCAUCCCAUUUGGUGGCGYGAAAGAAAAUCCCACCAUGGAGGGGCUUGGAGGAGCUACACAUUCUCAAGUGACCCUGUGUGCAGUCCACGGGGCCCUGGUUCAAGUCCUGUUAUCUGCAGCAAGUGCAAACCUACCCCAUCAAGCAUAAAUAAUACUCCUUCRACCACCUCAGACUAYAGUUCGCAGUCCUCAUUAGAGGAAUCUAACAGCAUUCAAAAUAUACUUUAAAUUWAAAGUUUGCAAAAAUURYCAAAAUAAUUUUUUUACUCUCCACAAGCUCCACAUAAUUUAUUUCAUGAGAAUGAGUGUAUUUUGGACUAAACUCCAUUUUGAGAUUACAAAACUACGGUAGUGGCAUAAUUUAAAGAAAUCAUACUAAUAUUAAUACUAAUAAGCAGUCAGAUAGACUUAUAGUGUUUAUGCUUCCUUCUGACUAAAUUGCACAUCAUAAGAUUUGAGGCAAAUUUACAUUUUAUUGAAAAUUGCAAUUAUUAUUUAUUAAAAGGACUUCAAAAGGAUUUAACCAUUUUCAAA